GAUAAUAAAGGUCCGGGUCUCCGGUUGCAUAUUGUUGGACACGGAACUCCGGAUGAGCGCAGAAACUGGCAGUGUGGGCCGGUUUAACUUUACCUGGACGAGACGAGACGAGACGAGACUUGUCCUCUCACUGAAGGUUCAGUGUCCGUCAUCAUGAUCGUCCAUAGCGGAUAGGAGAAGGGGAGUGUGUGUGCAUGUGGCCACAGGUGGUGGAAGUGGACCAUGGAGCCCGAUGUUGUCCGUCUGUACUCUUCCUCUCCACCACCGCUAGAUGAGGCUGGAGAGGAAGAAGAGGAGGACGAGUUUGGUGAGUUCGGAGGUUUUGACGGAGGAGGAGUGUCAUCCAGUUUCAGCUUGUCUGAGCUUGACACGCCCACAACAUACGACCAAUCAAAUGCACUGGAAGACUCCCCACCUGACCUGAUCAUCAAAUGCACACAGAAUAUCAUCGUUUCAGAGAACAAUGGAUGGACGAAUGAGAAAGAGAGAGAAACCGAAUCAAUCAGCAGCUUUGAAAUAGCUGAGACAGAAUCAUCAGGGAUUCUCACAAAUGGCAUGACAUCCUCUGACCUGCAGGUGGAGCUUUCAGAUAGAUCUGACCAGAACUCUCUCUCGAUGGGCCCUGAUGUCCAAAACAGCAGCACGGGUUAUGAACACAGCCUCAGUAAUGGCUACAGUGAGUCUUGUUCAAAUUCAGACCUGGACCAGUCUCUUCAUAACUGUUUGCAAAGCACACACACUGAGGUAAACUCUGGACCGGAUGCCAGUAUAGCUGAUGUUUUAGACAGAAGCCGCAUAACAGACAAGCUGCCAGACUCGAACAAUCACUCAUCUCAUACUGAAGCAUGUGAACUCAGAGAAACGGAAGCAGGGCUGGAGAUAUGUGGCGACUCCCAGUGUCUUUCAUCCUGUAGCGAUGCACAAGAGGUUGAAGGUGAGCAGGAACAAAGCGAGAACUUUGUUGUUUGUUUUGAUGCAGUCUAUCUAGAUGAGUCUAUGGACCAUGUUGACAAAGCUGAAGCUGAAACUGUUUCCUCAGUGGAUGCGGAUCUAAUCUCUGACACGCAGCCGAGUGGAGACGCAAGGGAAAUUCAUGGAUCAUCUGCAAACUCAGAGGUGGGAAUAGAUGCUGACGUUGAGACACUCGCAGACCCCACAGCUGACGAGGAUUUCUGCGAUUUCAGAGAUGCAACUCAGGGUUUCGCAGACUUCAGUCGGACUGAAUCUAUAACCCAGGAAGGGCUUCCUGAAUUUGUCACGGCAAUGUCUAGGUGCUCUACAGACGAUGAUUUAGGUGACACUGACACCCUGAAGGACUUCAAGGAGGAAGAUGAGCUGGCUGAGGAAAUAGCAGGUGAAGAAGGAGGCUUUUGCUCUGAGUUGCCUCCCAGUGACAGUUUUGCUGACUUUAGUUCAGCUCCAUUUGAAGGUGCAGCAGGGGGAGAGGAUGACAGUUGGGCUGCAUUUGCUCCACAUGAAGGCCCAAAAGGGGAUCAGGAUUCAUGGGCCACAUUUGGGGAGGAACAGAGCUCCUACGCCGGUAAAAAAGAACAAGAGGUUGAGACCUCAUCAGCACCCUCUAGUGAAGACAUCAAGAGUAACACUGUUGAUUUCAGCUGCAAAGUACAGCAUCUCUUCACAACCGCCUUCCCUUUAGAUGUCCAUGCUGAGGUCAGCGAGGUCACUGAGGUCUUGCCUCUCCACAAAUUCCUGCCGGCUCAGGAUCCUCAGGAGCAAAGUGAUCCAAGCAGCUCCUUUUUUGCACAGGAAAAUGCAUUGGUCAUGUGGCGCCACCUUCAGGACAUUCUCGGCAGUCACGGCCUUAAGUUCAAGUGGGCAGGCUCCCAUAGCAACAGAAUUCUUCUGAAUUGCCUAGGAAUCAGGAAUAUUUUGUUCACUGGAGACAAGAACCAGCCACUGAUCGUGCCUAUGUUUGCUGCCGGACUGGGAAUGCUGGAACCCACCAAAGAGUCUCAAAAAUCUCCAGCCUCCCCUGCACUUUGCCCUUAUGCUCCUCUGGAGAGUGGAAAUAUUCUAUGCACUCAGGUGGCGAACUCACUGGCCAUUAGUAUUGACGCUCAAGAUGGAGGAUUCUCCAAAUUAAAUUUGGACUAUUUUGGGCCUGUGGAUGAAUGUAGCUCAGAUAGUGAAACUGACGCUCCGCUACCAGGUGUUGAUCCAGAGAUAUAUGAACUGACUACAGCUAAAAUGGAGAACAACGCCACUGGUCGCAACAUUGCAGAUGCAUUUACAAAACUUAUGGAGUCUAUAGAGAAAACCAAACCAGCAGUCAGGAAACCAGAAACAGAUGAAGACAUGAGUGAAGAAGCAGCAAAGGUCAUCUCACUUCUCCCUGACCUGUCUUUCAUGAAGGCCAGGGUUUUAAUGUUCCCCUCCAUUUUAACACCAGCAGCCAAUCACAUUUAACCAUAACAUUCGAGUUCAAAGUUAUUGCAUGGUCAUUCAUUGUUUAUCGACAGCUACAGAGAACAGAUCAAGUCAUUCUUUCUUCCAAAAAAAGAAGACAUUUAAUAUAACAAGCUAAUCAUUUGAAAGCUGCCUAUUUAUUGACUUGUGCAGUUCCCUCUAUGUGUGAAAAUCUUUGUUCUGGGUUUGUUUAUUUUAUUUCUUUCAGCAAAAGGGACACACGGCUUUCAUAUUUUAUAUACAGUAUUUAGAACAGCAUAUUAACCUUUUAUGAUUGCUUAUUAUGAUUUUAUUUUGGAGUGCUGUUUGUGAAAAUGUGAGUACUUUUCACUUAGAGGUGAAAUGCAGAGUUGCACAUUUUACUACUUGAAACCAGACACACACACACACACACACACACACACACACACACACGGUUUUAUUUUAAUUUCUUUGUAUUUUUAAGAUGUCGUUCAGUUCAGUGCUUCCUUUAAUUGAUUCGUUUUAGUUUGUUGUACACCAGAGAUGUUCAAUCUCGGUCCUGGAGGGCCGGUGUCCUGCAAAGUUUAGUUCUAACCAGGGCUAGCUAAUCAAACUCUUACUAGGCUUUCUAGAAACAUCUUUGCAGGUGUGUUGAGGCAAGUUAGAGGUAAAAUCUGCAGGACACCGGCCCUGCAGGACCGAGUUUGUACACCCCUGUUGUAAACCUUCAUUAUUUUUCAUUCCUUUUUAUGGCCUGUCGUUGGUUUAUUUAUUUUGUUUCCGACAACUGACAAGCACACAUGGAAAAAAGAAGAGUAUAUUGUCAUGUAAUGGUGAUAACUUUAAUAAGGGAACUGCUUUUAUACUUGUUUUUGGGGUCACACUUUACAGAUUCCAUUUAAUGAGUGUAUUUACUACAUGAACUCCGAAUGAACAAUAUUGUACAGCAUUUAUUAAUCAGAGUUUAACAUUUGCUAAUGGUUUUAUAAAUGCAAAGUUUGCUUGUUAACAUUAGUUAAUGCACUUUGAGUAAACAAAAUGACAACAAACACCUAUUUUUAUUAACGAACGUCCCUUUAAGGUGUAUUCUAUAGUCUUUGCUAACGUUAACAGAGAUGGAUGAACUAUUGUUGACUGUUAGUUCAUGUUUGUAAAUACAUUAGCAUUAAUGGAAUAGCAUGUUUGGAUGUUUGUCUUGUCACUGUAUUAUUUUAAGGAAGAUCUUUUGCACAAUCUGAUAUAAUAUAAAUAUGACAACAGUGCUAUGAUGUCUUAAAGAUAGAAAUGGAUUGUAGCUACUGUUCCUGUGGAGAAAAAAGUGUAUAAAUCAAUUUGUGUGUUCUGUUGUAUAUGUGUUUUAAACUUUAACAAUAAUAAAAUUAAAAAUCCAGACAAACUCGUACCUUUUUGGAUUGUUUCAGUAUUUAAGAUCUGCAUGGAUACUGUUUGUCUUGAUUGCCAGCCAAUCUGAAAGGCUGCUCUGGUGAUUUGUGUAUCAAGAGGGAGUUUCUGUUGCUGUACAUUCUGUUCUUUACUUUAAUUGUUUGUACAC